GGUAUGUAAUGUAAUCUUGCAUGUUCACAAUUUUUUGAAUGAUUUUAGAUUUUUCGUAAAAGAAAAUAGUGGAUAAAUUAUAAAUCAUUAAUUUCAAUUACCGUACAAUGCAGUGUUUAGUUUAUUUUUAAUAAUAUGACUGAAUUUGGGAGGUUCGGCCCUUUAAUUGGUGCUAUCGAUGAGGGAACUUCAAACGUAAAAUUUAUGGUUUUUGCAGCAAAGACGUCAGAAGUACUCACAUAUCAUCAAAUUUCUUUAAAGAGAUUUAGUCCGCAAGAAGGAUGGGUUGAACAGGAUCCACUGGAAAUAUUAAAUGCGGUAAAUGAAUGUAUAGAGGUAACUGUGGAUAAUUUACGAAAACUUGAUAUUAACCCAGCAGAUGUUGUUGGUAUUGGCAUAACAAAUCAAAGGGAAACUACAAUUGUGUGGAAUUCUAUGACAGGUCAACCUUUGUAUAGUGCAAUAGUGUGGUUAGAUGUAAGGACAUCAAAAAUAGUUGAUGAACUGACAAAACAAAAGGGAACACAAAGUGUUAAUGCUGUAACACAAGCAAGUGGCUUACCACUGUCUACAUACUUUUCUUCUGUGAAACUUAGAUGGCUGUUAAAAAAUGUGAUUGCUGUCAAAGAUGCUAUUGCUUCUAAUAAAUGCCUAGCAGGAACAGUAGACUCUUGGUUAAUAUGGAAUCUUACUGGUGGUGUCCAUGGAGGAGUCCAUAUAACAGAUGUCACAAAUGCUUCACGCACACAGCUUAUGUCACUUAGGACUUUACAAUGGGAUAAAAGACUACUGCGUUUUUUUGAUGUACCCAUUGAAAUUUUACCAAAGAUAAAAAGCUCUGCAGAGAUCUAUGGCUACAUAUCUGUUGGUUCUCUUUUGGGAGUUCCAAUAGCAGGGUGUUUAGGAGAUCAACAAGCAGCAUUAGUUGGACAGGGAUGUAUGAGAUUUGGCCAAGUCAAAUGUACUUUUGGAACUGGAUGUUUUUUGUUGUAUAAUACAGGCGAUUCAAUUGUUCAUUCGCAGCACGGACUUCUAACUACGGUUGCUUACAAAAUGGGACCUGACUCGCCACCAGCAUACGCAUUAGAAGGAUCUGUAGCUAUAGCCGGGGACACAUUACAGUGGCUUCGUGAUAGCUUGGGGAUCAUAAGUGAAGUGAAAGAUUCCGAAGCCCUGGCAGCUCAGGUCGGUGAUGGAGAUGAAGGCAGUAUUAGUUUUGUACCUGCAUUUAAUGGCCUUUAUUCGCCAUAUUGGAGAAAAGACGCCAGGGGAGUGAUGUGCGGUUUGAGCGAAAGGACUCGACGUCAGCAUAUUGUCAGGGCCGCGCUGGAGGCCGUGUGUCACCAGACGCGCGCCGUGGCGGACGCGAUGGCUGCAGACUGCGCGCCCCUGAGGCAACUCCUCGCCGACGGAGGGAUGGCGCAGAACUCAGUUCUGAUGCAGAUGCAGGCUGAUUUACUGGGUAUACCAGUCAUUCGUCCCCUCAUGAUGGAAAGUACAGCCCUGGGGGCGGCCAUUGUCGCAGGUCGCGCAAUGCGUGUGUGGCCCACGACAAUACCCAGCCCACCGGCCGAUACAUUCCUGCCGGCUCUUACCAAUGAAGAACGAGAAAUGCGGCGAGUUCGUUGGGAAGAAGCCUUGAAUAAAUGCAUGGGAUGGACCGAUACUAAAAAUGAACAUGUCAACGCAGAAGAAUCAGAUAGAACUACUGCAGUUUUGCCGCCGGGACUUUUUUUCCUCGGAACCGCCCUACUAGUGAUUAUUGCAGACAAAUUAAAAUCUAUGUAGUAUGCUGUUGUUAAAUCAACUAUUGUUAGUCAUUAGAAAAUAAAUAUACCUCCAAAGCUAGUUUAUAUUUUAAAAAAGUAUUAAUUUAUUUAUAGCUCUGUUAUAACAAUGUUGUGAUCAUUAAAUAAAAGCGUUUAUUAUUAUA